GCUCCGCAGCCCCAGAUCGCUUGCAGCCGGUCAGGAGUCUCUAACGCUGAGUCGGGGCAGCGCCAGCCGUUGCCGAGCGACUGACUUGCAGAGCGACGGCGCGGCCGUCUGGACUCUCGAGCGGAUGCCUCUAAUCCUUCCGUCCCGGUCUCCGCCGUGAGUGCAAACCGACAGGCAAGAGCCGAGCUCCCUUUUCCAUCCCGAGGAAAGGAGGGAUUCCGGCGCCUGGUCCUUUUUUGCUCUGCACGCCUUCCUCGCCAGCGAUGCAAGUUAUGGAAAUACAGGUGUGACCUGGAAGAAGAACUCUCCAUUUCAUGAUGCCUCCAAAAAGGUCCAGAGGGAAACUUCCUCAGGUCUCCACUCAUAAAAGACGCCUGAAGAGUCGGUGGAAGUUGGAAGAGCAGCAGAAGAGCCUGCUUUUGGGAGAAGAGAAAGGGAAAGCAGGGACCCCCAACAAAAGGGCCAGGAAGCGAAAGGGCACCACGGCCCCCCAGAGAAGCUACUCGGGGGAGAAUCCUAACAUCUGCACGGAGUGCGGGCAAACCUUUGCGCAGACUUUGGAUUUGGUGAGCCACCAGAGACUCCAUGCUGGAGAAAAGCCCCAUAAAUGCUCCGACUGUGGGAAAGCCUUCAGCCUCAGUUCCAACCUGAGCAGGCACCGGAGGAUUCACACAAGGGAGCGCAAGCCCUAUCUUUGCUCAGAGUGCGGGAAAAGGUUCACAGACAAGUCGUCUUUGGAGCAACAUGCGCGAACCCACUCGGGGGAGACCCCCUUCCAGUGCAUUGAUUGUGGGAAAAUGUUCGGCCAGAGUUCCCAUGAGAAGAGGCCUCUGAAGAGCCCCCCGGGGAAACGGCAGAGCAGUUGCGCUACCCCAGAGACUGCCGUGGUCACCCCCAGCUCAGCUCAGCUCAGCCGUGCUCAAAGACCCAGAGUUUCUAAGAAGCAAGACUCGCCCUUUGAAAUCCCCCACACCUGUGCUGAAUGCUGGCAGAGUUUCAACCAGACCUCGGACCUGGUCAAACACAUGCGCAUCCACACAGGUGAAAAGCCCUUUGAGUGCAGCCACUGUGGGAAGUGCUUCAACGUCAGCUCCAACCUCAUCCGGCACAAGAGGAUCCACACGGGGGAGAAACCUUACACCUGCUCCGUCUGCGGGAAGAGCUUCACCGACAAAUCCACCCUCACCCAGCAUAACCGCAUCCAUACGGGAGAGAAGCCGUACACCUGUAGUUACUGCGGGAAAAGCUUCAGCCGGAGUUCUCACCACAAGAGGCACCAGCGGAUCCAUGCGGGAGAAAAUCCGGUCUCUCUCCUGCCUCUGUGGCCUUAUCCUAACCAAAUGUACUGAGGGCCCUUUUAUUGGAUGAGGCAGAAUUUCUACUGGACAUUUGCAGCUGAUGGUUCAACCUGGUUUUUACAUGGGUGGUGUUUGGGAUCCAGGGCAGGAAUGGUGUUUCGGAUCUGGUGUGGGGCACACUCACCCUACUUAUCAGUUACUGUUUAAAGAAAAGCGUCAAACUGUGAGACUUGGAAAAGAUGUAGUCGUUUCUUCUAAGAUAUUGUUGACUGGCAUGCGAGUGGUGCGGUGGCCUAGAGGUGGAGCUUUCGCCUCACAAUCGGGAGGCUGUGUGUUCGAUCCUGCGUAGAGGCAGAUAUUUCUCUCUCUGGGCACGUUGGGAAUAUAUCUGCUGAACACAGCUCCGCAUUGGCGACAGGAAGAGCAUCCGGCCAGUAAACACUCAGCUCCAUUCAUUUGCCCAGACUCCACCCAGCAAGGGAUUAUUAAAGAUGAUAAUUGUUGAUCGGCAUGCCACAGCAGACCUAAAACACCUUUCCCAUUUUAGAUGGGAAGGCUAUACAGGUAGUCCUCGUUUAGCAUCUACCUUGCUUAGUAUCCAUUUGCAGUUAUGACAGUGAUGAAAAAAAUAACCAGUCAUGACCAAUCCUUGCAUUUAAAACCUUUGCAAGUCAGUAAAGCAAAGGAAAACUGAAGUAAGAUCACAAGCACAGUGGUAUUUCACAACUGCAUUGCUUAACAACUAGGUUGCCAGUCCCAAUUGUGGUUUCUAAAUUAAGAGCCGUGAUGGCGCAGUGGUUAGAAUGCAGCAUUGUAGGCUAAUCCUGCCGACUGCCAGGAGUUCGAUCCCAACCGGCUCAAGGUUGACUCAGCCUUCCAUCCUUCCGAGGUGGGUAAAAUGAAGACCCAGAUUGUUGGGAGCAAUAUGCUGACUCUGUAAACCGCUUAGAUAGUAAAGCACUAUGAAGCGGUAUAUAAGUUUAGGUGAUAUUGUUAUUGCUAAACAAGGAUUACCUGUACAUUCUGUUAUUUACUUCACAUGCAUCUAAAUGGCCUAAGACAAACACAUUCCAUGACAGACGAGAGAAAAAGGUUUGAAUUUUCAUCUGCCAAAAUCAAGAGUCUUUCCAUGAAUGGGAUUGCAGCUCUUUCACCAAAACUCUGUUUUGCUUCUCUUUUGCAGGGAUUCCUGCUCUAUCUGGAUUUUUCCUUCCAGAAGUUCUCUUGUUUUGUCAAAGGCACCUCAAAUAUACAGACAGAUUUUUUAACUGUUAAUAGAAUAUUAUUGUAAUUUAAUAAACAGGUUUAAUGCAU